GCUGCCCCCAACAGAGAUGGCGGCCGGGGCUUCUGUAAGAGCUGACUGAUUCUUAACACCCGGGCUAGCCUACCGCGGGGAGAGAAGAGUGAGCAGCUCAGGAGGAUGGAGGAGGAGGGCGGCGGCAGCAGCAGCACCGGCACGGGCACCGGCACCGGCACCGGCAGCACUGGCAGCGGUGGCACGGUCAGCGGAGGCUUGCAGCAAAGGGAGCUGGAGCACAUGGCAGAGAUCCUGGUCACCGGGGAGCAGCUACGGCUCAGGCUACAUGAAGAAAAAGUGAUUAAAGAUCGAAGACACCACCUCAAGACGUAUCCAAAUUGCUUUGUGGCCAAAGAGCUAAUUGACUGGCUGAUUGAUCGAAAAGAAGCUUCUGAUAGAGAGACAGCUAUUAAACUAAUGCAGAAAUUGGCAGACCGGGGCAUUAUUCAUCAUGUGUGUGAUGAGCAUAAGGAAUUCAAGGAUGUCAAACUCUUCUACCGCUUCAGGAAAGAUGAUGGAACCUUCCCUUUGGAUAAUGAAGUGAAAGUAUUCAUGAGAGGACAGAGAUUGUAUGAAAAGCUGAUGAGUUCUGAAAACACGCUCUUGCAGCCGAGGGAGGAGGAAGGCAUCAAGUAUGAGCGGACCUUCAUGGCCUCCGAGCUCCUCGAUUGGCUGGUUCAGGAAGGAGAGGCUACCACCAGGAAUGAAGCCGAGCAACUUUGUCACAGGCUUCUGGAGCACGGUAUCAUCCAGCACGUGUCUAAUAAGCACGCCUUUGUGGAUAGCAACCUUCUCUACCAGUUUAGAAUGAAUUUCCGUCGGAGAAGAAGGCUAAUGGAACUGCUCAAUGAACGAUCUCCCUCCUCCCAGGAAACCCACGAUAGCCCCUUUUGCUUGAGGAAACAGAACAGUGACAACCGAAAACCCACCAGUUUUAUGUCAGUGAGCCCAAGCAAGGAGAUCAAGAUAGUGUCUGCGGUGAGAAGGAGCAGCAUGAGCAGCUGUGGCAGCAGCGGUUACUUCAGCAGCAGCCCGACCCUCAGCGGCAGCCCCCCAGUGCUUUGCAACCCCAAGUCAGUGUUAAAGAGACCAGUCACUUCUGAAGAACUUCUGACACCUGGGGCUCCAUAUGCAAGAAAGACUUUCACUAUUGUUGGUGAUGCAGUGGGAUGGGGCUUUGUUGUAAGAGGAAGCAAGCCAUGUCAUAUCCAGGCUGUGGAUCCCAGUGGCCCAGCAGCUGCAGCUGGAAUGAAGGUCUGUCAGUUCGUUGUUUCUGUGAAUGGUCUCAACGUCCUGCAUGUUGACUACCGGACCGUGAGCAAUCUGAUUCUGACUGGCCCUCGGACUAUCGUGAUGGAAGUCAUGGAAGAGCUGGAGUACUAAGGAGGCGAUUUCCCCCUUUCACCACUGUAUCAGACAAAUAUGAUCAUAACUACCUGCAAAGAGUAAUACAAAACAAUGCAAGGGGAAAGCUGCCUUCCCCACCUAAAUGGAUGGCAGUGACCAUUUGUGUCCCUUACCCCCUUUAGUUUACUUUCAUAUGUGAUUUAAAUGUGCAAGUGCCCUUUAAGAAAUCCAUCCUUCUUCUCAUUUAGAAAACUGAACUUACCAUUAUACAGUGCCACCUAC